GAGGGGAUUGACCGCAGUCCCCGUACUGAGAGGAUUUCAGGAAGUGCUGGAGAUGUUCUUGAUGACAAUCCAGUGGGAAGACUGAAAGUGUUCGUAUACAAACUCCCAAACAAAUACAACAAGAAGCUUGUGGAGAAAGACCCACGGUGUCUCACACACAUGUUCGCCGCUGAGAUAUUCAUGCACCGUUUCCUCCUAAGCAGCCUUGUCCGAACCACCAACCCCGACCAAGCUGAUUGGUUCUACACCCCCGUCUACCAAACCUGUGACCUCGCCCCCAACGGCUUGCCCAUGACCAUAAAGUCGCCCAGAAUGAUGCGCAGCGCCAUCCACUUCAUCUCCACCACUUGGCCUUACUGGAAUCGAACCCAAGGAGCCGACCACUUCUUCCUCGUGCCCCAUGAUUUUGGAGCCUGCUUUCAUUAUCAAGAAGAGAGAGCUAUAGAGAGAGGGAUUCUUCCGUUGCUGCAGCGGUCGACGUUGGUCCAGACGUUUGGACAACGGUACCAUGUUUGUUUGAACGAAGGUUCGAUAACCAUACCUCCGUAUGCGCCGCCAGAGAGGAUCAUGUCGCAGCUGAUCCCACCUCACACGCCCAGGUCCAUCUUCGUCUACUUCCGAGGUCUCUUUUACGACACCGAUAACGACCCCGAAGGCGGUUACUAUGCGAGGGGCGCUCGUGCGUCCAUCUGGGAGAACUUCAAGAACAACCCACUUUUCGACAUCUCGACGGAGCACCCGACCACAUACUACCAAGACAUGCAGCGCGCCGUUUUCUGUCUCUGCCCUCUGGGAUGGGCGCCGUGGAGCCCCCGCCUCGUGGAGGCCGUGGUCUUCGGGUGCAUCCCCGUCAUCAUUGCCGACGACAUUGUGCUGCCGUUCGCGGACGCCAUUCCGUGGGAGGAGAUAGGUGUGUUUGUGGCCGAGAAGGACGUGCCUUACCUGGACACCCUGCUCACAUCCAUCCCCGUCGACAUCAUUCUGCGGAAGCAGAGGUUGCUGGCGAAUCCCUCCAUGAAGCAGGCCAUGUUGUUUCCUCAGCCGGCGCAGGCGGGCGACGCAUUCCACCAGAUCUUGAAUGGCUUGGCACGGAAGCUGCCACAUCAAAAGGGGGUGUAUUUGAAGCAUGGUGAGAGGGUUUUGAAUUGGACUGCCGGCCUAGCUGCGGACCUCAAGCCUUGGUGA